AUGCCAAACCUUUUGAUAGCGAGACAGCCUGAGGCCUGGCCAAAGCGACUGCACAACAUCACAGAAAAUCCGCCAUCCAUGCCAGAUUCCGCGACCCCUUUGAUGGAUGGACGACAUGUCUCUCUGACUGAAGUUACAGUCGUUCCUCCGACUGUCGAGAAUGGAGGGAUAAGGGGCAAAAUUGACAGUGUGGCUGAAAUGAGAGCGGAGAGUACAGUGGAGAAGAGGCGAUUGGUGAAUACAUUGGAAGAGGUCGAAGGAGCCAAAGAGGCUAGACGGAAACAUGUGUCUGCCAGAUCCGACAUGUCCGUGGGAGGUAAAGGAGGAAAAAUGAUUGGGUCUGGUGGUAAAGGCAACGAAGACGAGCCAGUUGAGGAGGCUGAGCACGAAGGGGAAAAAAGCACAGUUGUGAGGAUCAACCCGCUUGUGGUCACCUCGCUGCCUGACAGGACUGAAUCGGCCAGUAUUGUCACCAUGACGUCUGCGAUGGCCUAUUUGACACCGGCGACAACCAACUGGCCGGCGGGACUUGUUAAUCGUCGACCUAACACCGCGCGUGUUAGGCUGGCGCACCUGCAGUACCUGAAGAACCAACCGCAACCAACACAGUCCGGUGGGUUUGAGGCGAGACCUCCGAUCCGACCCGGUCUGGUCACACCGAACGGUUUUCUGCAAUCCGAAAGUGAUGAGAAUGAGGAUGAUGGGCAAAAUGAAGAAUUACGCCAAACUUCACAAUGCUAUAAAUACAAGCUAAAGCAGAAAUAUGUACCGAAAAUUCGGCCUUUCGUGGCAUUGGCAUUGCAUCGGUCUGCUGAUGGUACCUAUCUGCAUUUUGGCGCCAGCAAACCGGUCUGGGGACUCUCCAGCUGCACCGAAAAGACCAGGAGGGUCUCUAACUUGCGACCCACUCUGGUUGAGAGUUUUUCACUUCUGACACAGUCUACGCCUGGCGGUCUGACUGAUAUAAAUGUCGUCGCCGAAACCCACAAAAGCCAGGCAGAUGCGAUGUUUAAAAGGUAG